AUGAGUAAACAAAUCCCGUUCUUUGUUCAGUCUCCUCUCCCAGAAGCCGCUAGAUGGAUCGGCGGCCUCGGGAGAGACUACGAUGGUCUCACUAUCAAGAAGACUACUUUUGAGACUCACGAAAGGGCUUGCGGUAUCGCCUGCACCCUCGCCGGAAACGUCAAGAUCGAGAUGCGUUACGGUUAUGAUGCGGAAAGAGGCUUUCAUGUGAUUGCUAUCAGAGGUCAAGAACACCGCGCCUAUAUCAAAGAAGGACUUGGGCAAAAGAAGGGCGUCGAAGCUGCUGGGGGAGGGCCUUCCGCAAUGACAGAUUAUCGUAAAGCUUUGGCUUCUAUGGAUGAUCGGUACAAAACUGACAGCGCGGAGGCUGUGGCGAACGCUUUCCUGGCUGGGCAAUUUUAG